ACUUUUGCGUACAUGUUUAUGAACGCACACAAAGUCAUAUAAAUAAAUGAGCAUAUAUGUUUAUAUCUAUAUCAAUCUAUAUAUAAGGAUUUUUUCCACUUUGUUUCAUAUCAAGAAAGGAAUUAUAUCAACAUUCUGUCUUGUCGAAAUUUUCUUUGGCUUCCAAACACUUUUUAAAUAGACACCAGCUCAGCAGUAGAAUAUGUAUAAACCAAUCACACUGUUUAAAUUUUCCAAUUAGUGCAAGAGUCAGUAUUAACACAUCUUCAUGGCUGUAAGAUGUUGAUCCAGUAACUCACUUAGAGCCAAGUGAACCAGCGUGACGUGCAUUAUGAAGACGAGAGAUGCUCGGUCAGAAUAUCCCUCAGUCCUUCUGCACUCCUCGUGGUGCCCACAUACCCUCAACACCUCCUACGAACCCCACAGAAGCAAAAACAACAUACGAGGAAGCAGCACAAAGUCCUCAUUUUCUCACGAUGAACAAAUACAUCUUGCAGGACCAUUUACCGAGAGCCAGUACAGAGGACUCUUCGGUCACAAUCCUAUAUAUCUCAGGCAUAGAUAACAAAGCGUAUGAAGGACCCCCGAGCGUAUGUCACCAGAACCUGCAUUCCAACACGUACGAAACCGAAUAUGGGAUCGAACUACCUGGUCAGUGUUCAAUCCACGAGGAUGUUGAACAGGACACACUAAACGGAGGAUGUCGGAUAUCCUUGGACACAGCGCCGGUAAGCAAAGGAUAUGAGGAUCCUCUGAAAUCGCAAAAGGAUCUGACGGAGGGACAGAAACAACUGGAAAUUACUUGUCAGGUCCUAGCGGCCCUGCUGAUUUCGCUGGUCCACCUGGGCAUCGGCACCACCUACGGGUUCUCAGGAGUGAUGCUGCCCGAGCUCACCGACCGGGGCACAAACGACCUCUUCCUCAACGAAUCACAGGCAGCUUUUUUUAGCAGUCUGUCAGACCUUGGAGGUUUCUUCGGCUCUGUCCUCAGCAUGGCGUUGUUGAUGAGGCUUGGACAUCGCGUGCUACUGCUUCUCGGUCUUCCCAUCGGCGCUUGUGCUUGGCUCGGUCUUGCAUUUGCACAAACCCCGAUGAUGUUGCAGACCAUGCGAUUCAUUGUGGGUUUAACCGGAAGCUUCACAUUACCCGCCGGAAAUAUGUACAUUCUAGAAGUUUCUCACAAGACGCUUCGUGGUCUCCUGUUUGGCUUGGUGACCACCAGUCGGCAAGCGGGGGUUCUUCUCGUAUAUGCUAUAGGCAGUCUAGGGUUAGGAUGGCGCACUACAGCUCUCAUAUGCGCCGGGGUUGCCAUCCUUCCUGUCAUUGGCCUUCUAUUCUUGCCCAAUUCACCACGGUGGUUGAUUACCCAGGGGCUUCUCACUGAGGCUCAGAAGUCACUGACCUUUUACAGAGGCGCUCUUUAUGAUUCAAAACCCGAAAUGAAUGCCAUCACGGACCAGGUAGGAGAAAAUGGUCCGGAAAAGAAUAGUAUAAGGGGUCAGUUAAGGAUAAUGACCGAACCAUCCACUUUGAAAACCUUCAUUUUACUUCUCUUUAUAUCUCUGCUCUAUAAUUUCAGUGGUUAUAACGUGCUGAUAGCUUAUAUCGUACCAAUCUUACAAUCAGCUAAUGUAGAUUUGGACGCUUACGUGAGUGCUAUGCUGAUUGGCGCCGUUAGGGUAGCGGGCACAGUUGUUCAUCUUACUGUGGUGGAUCGAAUGGGUCGAAAACCGGUACUAGUAUCGUCGUAUGUAUCGUGUGCCCUUUGCCUAGCAUGUCUAGGAGGUUAUUUCCACUUUCAAAAUACUUCUGGAUACGUAAAUUACUUCGGCUGGGUCCCACUGACCUCCCUUGUUAUUUUUGUUUUCUUCACCGGCGUGGGUCAGCCAGUAAUUUUCAUCCUACAAGGAGAACUGCUUCCUACUUCGUUCCGCGCAACAGGAGUGUCCUUAAUCCUUUGUCUGGUCUUUCUAGGGAGCUUCGUAGCUAUUAGGACGUAUUCAUUGGCCUCAUCUUUUAUGGGGGAGCAUGGAACGUUCUGGUUAUACGGUGGUGUUUGUUUCGUUAUUGCUCUGGUAAGUGCUGUUAGUUUGCCAGAGACUCGAGGUCGUUCCCUUGAGGAAAUAACGCAGAGAAAGUAGGAAAACGGACAGACUAAUCGUAUAUUUUCACUAUAUUUUAUUAUUUAGGCACUUACUGUACCGUUUAUGCCUGGUCGAUGUUUUAAUAACCUUCCGUGUACUAUACUCGCCCCAUUCCCUAUGACAAGUACAUACUCACCAAAGCUAUCGACCGCGAGCAUGUGUGUGUUUGCUAUUCCUAACACAUUCACGUAGUACAACCACAAAAACGGUACUCACGAAAAAGACCUUAAAUAUACUGACAAAUGACUAUUCCCUCCAAUAUAAUUUACUGUUUUAUGUUUAUGCAUUAAUCUUAAUUUCUCGAUCUGUUCUUCUCCAUUGUCUCUGAGCUCUGACUAUCUUUCUAGGAGUGGCAAUAUUAACUUGGCUACCUACAGUUGGCAUUUCUACUAAUAUAAUUUCUGUGUGCCUGUUUUAGAAAAGGGUCGGUAAUAGAAAGUAUUGUUAUGGCAGCUACUUGUUCGAUUAUGCGUUAGAAUCUAGUGUUAUUUAUCAUGUCUGUGAUCUUUCGUAUCAUCUAGGCAGCAGCUUGCCUUUACUACAGAUUUAUUUACUGCACUUCUGUAAACGAAAUCAUCAAACCAAGAUUGUUCUUAAGUAUGAAAUGUAACGAGAGAAUCUAUAUCGAUGAAUUAUGCAUUUACAAGCCGACAGUUUCUUCGCUAAAUCAACCUUUCAUGCAGUAGCAUUUACCAUGUCAUUGGAUUUUCGUUUUCUUUAGUAUUACUUUCAUUCUGUUUGUGAAAAUUUUUACUCUGAUUUCAAAGGACUUGCGUUGCGUGUCCAUUAAGGCUUUUUGAGUAGCAUGUUGCUCGUAAUGAGGAAGUAGGCAAAGGAAGUUAUUUCCAGCUGUUUAAUAGGUUUAAUAGUUUGUUCUGUGUAGUUUUAAGUGAUUAUUUUUAUUCAUUGAAAAAAAUCUGUCGCGUCAACAGCUAAGGUCGUUAGCGGCGUAAAAUAUAGCGAAGCCACCGAUUAAGGAUUUUUUGUUUUUGUUUUUUGUUCAUAUGGCUUUGAUUGUGGACUACCAGAGUGGUUUAUGGUUGAAACAAAUAAAUGAACUAGGCACCAAAGGUCAUACACCAUUAUGAUAAAGAACUGUUUUAGCGAAAAGGCUAAAACUGAGUUGCCGAUUAGGAUAAGAGGACAAAAGGGGAUGAAGAGAAGCAAAAGGAAAAGGGGAGAAGAAAAGGUGAAAAAGAGGCAAAAUUGUUGAGGCGAGGGUUGAGGUCCAAG